GAAUCUUUAUUACUGCUGCAACAACUGCAGAAGUUCUACCACUCUUGUAGAACCAAACUAAAUAGCCCCCCAAUUUACUUUACCCGCCUUCAAUUUCUUCCCUUGCCGUAGAACCCUUAGAACCAGUAACUAAUAAAUCAUUAAAAAUGGCGCCAAAGAAGAAGAAAGAAACCUCCCCACCAUCUUCUUCAGAUGGCAUGUUUUCUGGGAUGUUCGUUUUCUUACUUGAUGCUGCUGUUCAACCUCGCCGAUUGCAGAUAUGGAAGCAGAGAUUGGAGCAAAUGGGUGCUAAAAUUGAAGGGUAUCUGUCAAAGAGAGUAACCCAUAUUUUUGCCAUGAAUUUGAAUGCCCUUAAACAGAAAAUUGAUUCUGAGCGCUUGUCUACCUUUAAAGGAAGUAUAUUAGCGUACCAGUGGUUGGAAGAUAGUUUGAGAUCAGGAGAAAAGGUAUCAGAGAAUUUCUACCUUCUCAAAGAGGAACCUAGUGAAAAUGUUCCCCGUAAACCCUCAGGUGAGGUUUCUGGUAAUACAAAUGGAAACUCUUCAGGUAGUGAAGAGCUUCCACAACACAAGAAGCCAAGAUCUUCUUCCCCCCAAAAUUCAAAUGAUUCAACCCGAUCUUUGCCUAAAGAUUCAAGAGAUUUGAGUGCUGAGAGCAAGGGCACCGGAACAAGUGAUGAACUACAUGAGGAAUCAUAUACCUCUAAGAGCUAUGACGGGUCGUGCAACACCAUGGAUUCACAGACUGCCAAUUCCAAUGCUGCAGCUGGUCUUACAGAUAAAAAAGUUAGCACAUAUAACCCUCCUGAUUUAAACAAGGAUAUCACUAAUAUCUUCAAGAAGCUUAUAGACAUGUAUAGAGCACUAGGUGAAGAUCGAAGGUCAUUUAGUUAUUAUAAGGCCAUUCCUGUGAUUGAGAAGUUGCCUUUUAAAAUUGAGAGUGCUGAUCAAGUCAAGGGCUUGCCUAAUAUUGGAAAGUCAUUGCGUGAUCAUAUACAGGAGAUAGUGUCAACUGGGAAAUUGUCUAAGUUAGAGCACUUUGAGAAUAAUGAAAAGGUGAAAACAAUCUCUUUGUUUGGGGAUGUUUGGGGUGUUGGUCCUACUACGGCUCAAAAACUAUAUGACAAAGGACACCGUACUUUGGAAGAUUUGAAAAACGACCCAUCUUUGACCAAAGCUCAAAAGUUAGGUUUACAAUAUUUUGAUGAUAUCAAGACAAGAAUUCCACGGCAUGAGGUUUCAGAAAUGGAGAAAAUGCUUCAGAAAAUUGGAGAAGAAAUUCUGCCAGGAGUGGUUAUUGUGUGCGGUGGAUCCUAUAGACGUGGAAAAUCUUCAUGUGGAGAUAUGGAUAUCAUAAUUACUCAUCCUGAUGGACAGAGUCACAAAGGUUUUCUAGCAAAGUUUGUUAGGCGUUUGAAAGAUAUGAAUUUUCUGAGAGAAGACUUGGCUGUAAGUUAUCACAGUGAAGAGGGUAAGGAUUCUGGAGUAGACACGUAUUUUGGGUUGUGCACUUAUCCUGGCCGAGAGCUACGCCAUCGGAUAGAUUUGAAGGUGUUUCCUAAAAGCAUAUACCCAUUUGGGCUGAUACAUUGGACAGGCAAUGAUACAUUGAAUAGAAGGCUGAGAAUACUGGCAUCGUCAAAAGGGUAUCGACUUGAUGAUACGGGGUUAUUUUUUGCCACCCAAAGUUCAGGUGGCCAGCGAGGUUCAAAAGGAACGACGAGUUUGCACUUUGAUACAGAAAAGGAAGUGUUUGAUUUCCUAGAAUUUCCCUGGCUGGAACCACAUGAGAGAAACCUUUGAUAUGCAACAACUGUUGUACUAUUGCUAUUUGUACAUGUGUAAUUUUGUAGCUUGGGAAAUUUGGUUGUUAUGUUAGUUAUAAGCAUCCAAGAGAUGAAAUUUAGUUGGUAUGUAUAUACUAUAUACAUCUUUUGUUUUUGCUAGAUAAAUGUACAGGAGAAUCUUCACAAUUGUACUUUGAAGCUGUAAAUGUAUGUACUCCAUAUUUUGUUUUCCUCAGCAUAGCAUAUACACGCUUGUUCAAGCAAAAGAUACGAUAGAAUUUCUUCCUUCUCUACAUUUCUUUUCCCAGGAGAAAUUUUUGAAAAUUUGGAACUGUUUUUAGUAAUUGGCGUAGUUUAUAUAUACGGGUCAAAUUUUCUUUUGCCUUUUUAUUUUGAGUGCGGUGUUUGUUAUAUUGUCGUGUUAAAUUGUGUUUUGGCAAUCCAUUCACUAAAUUCUUGUCAAAUUAAAUGCUAACCAAGGGCCAGGAAGACAAAAAUUUGUGUAGGGAGGAGCAAAUAAGAUGAUAUAGCCAAAAGAAAUGCGGCCUGUUCUGAUUGACUGAACUGAACUGAACUGAUUGG